GCCCUGGUAAUUCCCGUUCCGUCUUUUUGACUACUGACCCAGGUAAGGUUUCGUCUUUUCAGUCUCUAGAUUAUCUCUUCGCAUUAUCUAAGGGACCAGAGCUCCUAGAAAUUUGAGAGACUACUUUUUCUUAGAUUUUCCCUCAAAACAAUUUUUCAAUUGCAUAAAAAACCGGACACAACGGUGACUAACGAUGACACUGCACGUGUGGUGCACAAUUGCCUAGACUCGAAUCACUGGCUAUAGCCAGUAACUCUUGGUAAUAUUGCUUUUCUUCUUUCCCAGAAGAAGACCAGCGAAGAGACUGCAGAAGUUGAUAGCUUGUCUUUCUGUUCUCUCUUCUUCUGUCAAUCACUUGGUAUGGUUCUCUGUCUUCCCAUUAUUGACGGUCUUGUCUUUUGGUUUUCGUAAUUUAAUUUCUUGUUACGGGUUGGGAUGUGGUGGCAGAUGGGUACUUGUUAGUUGUUACUGUUGAUGCGUGAGUGAAAUUUUGCUUUUUGGUUCUAUACGCCUUAUUGCCUGAUCUGGGGUUGAUGAUUUCAGCCUUUUUUGAGCUUGAACAAGAAGAUAAUCAAGUAUAGCUUUGAUAUUUGAGAGAUUACGUCUCUAUCAUUUCUUUGUUGACGAUGACGAUGAAUAAUGUUACACUUUUGACCGAGAAAUAGAUCACAUAAAGAGCCAAAAGCAAUGAAUGGAGAAAAGAUGUCUCCUUUGAUAAGCAUUGUUGUUUCCUGUUGUCAAUGAAAGAUAAAGAAAGAAAACUCUUCCCAUCUCCUUUUUCUUCUCACUUUUCCUUUCCCACGGCUUCUUGUUCAGUAUAUGUCUCUUGCUUCUUUCAAAAUCAAUCAAGACGUCUUCAUUGAAAACUUUCUCCUUUAUCACCUUGCUACAGUUAAAAUGCCUAUGUAUGAGUCAACUAAGUUUGAUUGGAGUGGUGGUGGCGGUGGGCAAGUCCUAGAUCUAGAAACAGCCGUGAAAGAUGGCAUUUUAGGUGGUGACGUCAGUGGUCCAGUUUAUACUGGUGUUGCAGACAAAAUGGAUCUGAAGAUAAUGAUACAAGAGCUUGAAUCAAUUGAUGUGCCAUCCGUGUUUAUCUGUCCAAUUUCAUUAGCCCCAAUGCAAGAACCGGUGACUCUGUGUACCGGCCAGACUUAUGAGAGAUCCAACAUUUUGAAAUGGUUCUCCCUCGGCCGUUUCACUUGCCCUACUACGAUGCAAGAACUCUGGGACAAUUCUGUCACUCCUAACAACACCCUUCAGCAACUCAUUUUUUCCUGGUUCUCCAUCAAAUAUGCUGCCAUGAAGAAGAAAUCAGAGGAUGUGCAUGGAAGAUCUAUUGAGAUUUUGGAGACUUUAAAGAAAGUUAAAGGUCAAGCUAGAGUUCAAGCUCUUAAAGAGCUUAGGAAGCUUGUAAGUAUUCAUUCUACUGCUAAAAAGGCUGUUGUUGGUAAUAAUGGUGUUGGUUUGAUUUCUUUUUUGUUGGGUCCUUUCACUACUCAUGCUGUUGGGUCAGAGGCAAUUGGGAUUCUGGUCAAGCUGGACCUUGAUCUGGAAACAAAGAAGAAUUUGAUGCAGCCAGCAAAGAUUUCGUUAAUGGUGGAUAUGCUAAAUGAAGGAACCAUUGAGACAAAGAUUAAUUGCACGAAGUUAAUCGAAAUUUUAAUGGAAGCCGGUUUAGGGUCUGAGAAGGUGUCUAGCUGUAGUCUUUUGGUUGGUUUGUUGAGAUUAGUGAAGGAUAAGAGGCACCAAAACGGGGUAUUGGCUGGACUGGGCUUGCUCAAGACAAUUUGUUCUCAUGAGGCUGUGAAAUAUUCGCUUGUCAGCAUCGGAGCAGUUCCUCAGUUAGUCGAGAUACUACCUAGUUUGAGUAAUGGGUGUCUGGAGUUAGCACUUCACAUACUCGAGGCCGUGUCGACAGUUGCUAAGGGAAGAUUGGCUUUGAAAGAUUGUCCCUGUACAAUACCAAAUGUUGUGAAGUUGUUGAUGAGGGUUUCUGAAAGUUGUACUCAGUUUGCCUUGUCGAUAUUAUGGGCAGUGUGCAAGCUUGCACCAGAUGAAUGUGCUCCACUUGCUGUGGAUGCAGGUUUGGCGGCCAAGCUACUUCUGGUAAUGCAGAGUGGCUGCAGUCCUGAAUUGAAGCAGCAGUCAGCAGAGCUCUUGAAAUUAUGUAGUCUAAAUUACUCGGCUUCUAUAUUCCUUUCAAAGUGUAAGCUUACUAGAUCUUUACAGUGAAGCAAAUUGGCAAAAUGUUGAUAGACUAAAUAUUAAUGAUGAGUCAUAGCUAGAUCAAGCUUAGGUCAAGUGAUAAGUAAACAGCCUGACAUUUUUCCAAAGCUUUACAAUAAUCCCUGAACAAGGUUGUGAUGGUUGCAGACUUGUAUCGAUCCACAAGAGAAUGGUGUAAGUAGGUCUCCAUUGAGUGGAAUAGAGGCUUUUGCUAGAAAAUGCAGGAAAGGGUAUUCCUCUGAGCACUUGUUUUCAUUUGUAUAUGAAGUCAAAAUUCACUGGGUUGCCUGUAAUAUUGAUCUAAAAAAUUUCAGUGUAAAUUUUUUAGAUCUUCUGGUUUCUGGAUGUAAAAAUUUUGUAUAAUGAACUCCCUUCUGUAAUUUUUGCAAGAUAUGAUUAA